AUGAGCACUACGUUCCGUGAUCCUUGCAUUGAGAAAUUCCUGAUGAGAUAUGUUGGCAUCCUUGGCGACAUUCUUUCGCACCUGGUGACCUCACCCGGCUGGAAUGUCUCUGCGGGUCUCAUGGGAUGGAGGAUUGCAGAGAUUGGAGGGGGCUAUGGCGGUCAAGCUUUGGCAAUGCAUCUGCUGUCAGCCCAGCUGGAGUCAUACACCAUCUUCGAUCUCCCGGAAGCUGGUAUGCUGCAGUACCGAUUCCUUUCACAUUUCCCUGAAUUUUUCCGUAAGACGCGCUUCAAGAAUUCAACAAGUUCCCAUGAUGAACACCGUUACGACCUCUGUAUUUCUUGUUUCGCUUUGUCCGAGCUUAGCGAAGCACAGCAGCGACCGUACGCUGAAGAUGUCUUGAGACACUGCCGCUUUGGCUACAUCCUCGACAAUUCUGUGGAUUUCCGGAAGACAACUGCGUACAGCGGCGAUGGCUUGGUUUCCUGGUUGUCAGAGCUGGGGCGUCCAGUUCGACGUGAAGACGUGGUGUGGACUUCCGUGCCGCUUGGGAAGGCAAAGAACUUCCAAUGGAGCCUGAUGCCGUGUCUGCCCCGAUGCGACCGCAACGACCGGCUGGAGUUCCAGGAGGCUGAGGAGAGGCAUCGAAUUCGAGCUGGUUUCGACCGAAUACUGGAGAUCUUGGAUCGAGCAGUGCCUUGGAAAACAGUAUCUGGUGAGCCGGAAGUCAGACAAUAUUGGGCUUGGGCCGGAUUUGGAGCAGGGAUAUCGGUUCAGGAGCUGGCUCGGGGUUGCCCUCGUGGGGUCUUUCAGCAGUCAGCUGCAGGAUUUUCUGCAGAAGUGAACGCUUCAACAGAUCCGAGCCGCAUGAGGGCAGAAAUCGUCAGCAUAAGAAACGACAAACCACAUGGCCGAUCAGAAUGCUACUAUAGGGUGGACACGAGUUUUUUGGAUCCGCACACCCUGCAAGCGCGAAGCCCUAAGUCCAUAUUCUGUUGUGGGGCAGCUCACUGGUUCAGCUUCAAUCAUAGGAACUACUGUCGACUCAACACUCUGCACAUCACUAGUGAAGACUAUGCCCCAGACAUGAAUCCCUAA